UUCACCCCUCGCUCUAAACGGCCCCGUAUACGCGCAAAAGCUGGUCGCGUGGUUCGUGAAGUAGUCCCUGGGAAGCGCACUGCGGAUGAAUACACUUGUUUACAUUGUGCUGCACGCGGCAGUGUGUUGGCCAGCGCGCUGUUGCGCGAGCUUCAUGGGAGACCGACGCACUGCGUUUUACAGCUCGCAAAAGUUCGUUCCGCGGUCACGGUUAAAGUUUUCAUUUCUGCCCGUUGAGAAACUAUUUCAUCCCCGGUUGUCGUAUCGACAUGCAGGAGUCCAAGACCGAUCAAACAACCAAUAGCAGUCCAAUUGGGCAGGAAGGUCAGAGCUCAGAGAGCGAGAAGAGAGUAACCAGAGAAACAUCUUCAUCCCCAUCAUCCACAGCCCAGACCCUUCAAACACAGGCACUAGAAGUUGCUCAACAACAGCAGCAGCAGCAGCAGCAGCAGCAAACGAGUGGUGAGAAGUCCCCCAAGAGCACGGAAAAGGAGGCAGACGCGCAGGUGUCUGUAUCAGUGGGGAUGAUCACUCCUCAGGCCAUCACCCCUCAGCAGAUGCAGCAGAUCCUUCAGCAGCAGGUCCUGAGCCCCCAGCAGCUCCAGCUGUUACUGCAGCAACAACAGGCCCUCAUGUUACAGCAGCAACAGCUUCAGGAGUUCUAUAAGAAACAGCAAGAGGAACUCCACCUGCAGCUCCUGCAGCAACAGCAUGUUGGGAAACCCAGUAAAGAGCAGAUGAUGGCCCAGCAGAUGGCUAUACAGCAACAGUUACUCUCCGUUCAACAGCAGCACCUGCUCAACCUGCAGAGACAAGGCCUGUUGUCUGUCCCGUCGGCUCUUACCAGUGCACUGCCUCAGGGCCUGAUUCCUGCUGAGCUUCAGCAGCUUUGGAAAGAGACGGCAGAUGCACGGCAGGAGGAGAAGAGUAGAGAAGACAAAUCCCCCUCUCCUCCCAAAACUCUCAACCACCACUCCAGCACCAACGGACACAAUGUGCACCGACCCAGCCGGAGAGACAGUUCUCAGGAGAGUCAUUCUCAGAGCGCACAUCCUCUAUAUAGCCACGGCGUGUGCAAGUGGCCAGGCUGCGAUGCAGUGUUCGGAGACUUCCAGUCAUUCCUCAAGCAUUUGAACAGUGAACAUGCUCUGGAUGACAAGAGCACAGCGCAGUGCAGAGUUCAGAUGCAGGUGGUUCAGCAGCUUGAGCUGCAGCUCGCUAAAGACAAAGAACGCCUUCAGGCCAUGAUGGCCCACCUCCAUGUCAAGUCUACUGAGCCUAAACCAGCCCCUCAGCCAGUGAAUCUGGUGUCCAACCUCACUCUUUCCAAGGCAACCGUUCCCAAGACCACUCCCUCCAUGAGCCUGUCCCAGAGUGCCACAGCCCCGUCUACACCCCUCACGUCACUCCCCCAGAUGCCCUCCGUCAUCAUACCCACCAGCCUGCACAGCAUGGGUCCCAUCCGCAAACGCUACUCUGACAAAUACAACAUGGCCAUGGACCAAGACAUUGUGCAGAAUAAGGAGUUCUACCUGAGUGCUGAGGUCAGGCCUCCAUUUACAUAUGCAGCUUUGAUCAGGCAGGCCAUUUUGGAGUCUCCAGAAAAGCAGCUAACACUAAAUGAAAUCUACAACUGGUUCACUCGAACAUUUGCGUAUUUCAGACGCAAUGCAGCAACAUGGAAGAAUGCAGUUCGCCACAACCUCAGUCUUCACAAGUGUUUUGUACGAGUUGAAAAUGUGAAGGGAGCCGUUUGGACCGUGGACGAGCUGGAGUUUCAAAAAAGGCGGCCACAGAAGAUCACCGGAUCACCUCUGGUGAAAAACAUCCAGUCCAGUCUGGGUCAGAGUCCUGCCCUGUCUGCUCUGCAGGCAGCGAUGGUGGACAGCAGUCUGCCCCUAUAUGGCUCGGCGUCCAUGGGAGCGUCCAGUCUGAAGGCCCUGACCGGCGCGCUGCAUGAGGACAUGAGUUCUCAUGAUCAUGACGAGGGCUCCCGCAGUGACUCCAGCCUGGAGCACUCUCCUCUGCCCACACUGCAUCAUUCUCAAAUUAAGGAGGAGCAGAUGGAGGCCGAGGACUAUAAUAGCUCCAUGUCUCCAGAGACAGAAGACCAGCACAGUCCAGAUACCAACCACAACCCGGAGUACACCGAAGAGCCGGGAUUCUCCUCAUCACCUCACGCAUUCCACUGCUGAGAUCCUUGCGGAUCCAUCUGCCUUCCUUGAUAUCUGUCCAGUGCACCAUCAGACUCCUGACUCAGAAAAGUUACAGCUGCAACUUUUCCUUUUGGGAACAACCCUUUAUUUAUUGUUUCGAUAUACCUGUUUCUGUUGUAUGCAAUGGUUUGACCUCACUGGUACUAAAGGGCUCCUCUGUGUUUGAAAAGGUCGCCCAUCAGCUUUCAGAGGACAAAGAGGGCGCUGUAGGCUACACGUCAUCUUUGGUUUGUAUAUUAAACACUACGGCACCUGAACUGAAUCAAACGCUUAUCUUAAAGGGAAGAUGGUUUCCCUGUCAACUGAGGAAAAUUCACGCCUAUGAGUUUUUAAGCUGUCUACGACAAGAUUUAUUUAGCUUUCCACAAAAUCUGUUCACUGCAGCUGUGAAUGCUGAAUGAAAAGCUCUUUAUUGUAAAUGCAAGUUUGAAUCACCUCUGCCUCAAUACUGUAGGGUUAAUCGCCAUCAGGGCCGUCGCUUAAGUUCACAACCUUUUUAUGGGUGGCCCAGGCUGUAACGUAGGGGACCUGACGACGGCCCUGGUUGCCAUGACGGUAACGUGUGGCCUUAAAUUUCGGGCUGCUUAUUGGUAGAAUGGAAAAUGAAAUUGUGAAUGUCUAUCUUUUUUACCUCCUUGUUUUUUCAAGAUAAAAACAAAACCAAAGGGGAACAUUUUAUAACCAGCACUUGAUGAUGAAUGUUUUUCAAAUGUAGUUUUUGAUUUGUUUUUCACUUAGUGUGUACAGAAGGUUACUGUAUUUCCAUUAUCCAGAACAUUUACGCAAACAAAAUCAAGACUCAUUCUCAACCGUCCCUAAUAUUCGCUUACCAGUAAAGCUGAACCAAACAUUUCCUUUCCGUAUUUGAGUAGAGCAACAUUUUUUUGUUGUUGUUGUAGAAAGAAUCAAGUUACCAAAGAUUGUGAAAUAUUUUGUUUUAAUGUUGUGUACCGUUUACAUUGUCCCUUUUGAUAUGGCCAAGACUAAGAAGUCUUCACUCGAGUGGAUUAGAUGAGUAUAGGAUGCAUUUAAUGUCACACCUGUGACAUUUGAGCAGUUUGUAAACUAAUUAUUUGAUUUGACAACUAGUAGUUGUACCACAGAGAAAGAGUUGUUGACAAGGAAAUAAUGCAUAAUUGUUGACUGAAUAACUUGUUACACAUGUCCAAAAGAAAUGGAUGACAUCUGUUUCAAAGCAACUAUUUCAGUUUGUUCAAUACUUCUGAAUAAAUGGCCUUAUGAUUAAUAAAUUCUUGUAUAAAAAAAAAAAAAAAAAAA